UAAACGCGUGUGUUGCACCCACCCCCUACCCCUCUCUCUAUCUCUCUCUCUCUCUCCCCUCUCUCUCCCUCAAGCCAUCCAGGGUCAAGGAUUCGGUGCAUUGCUGCCAACCCAUUAAUGGCCUCCAAUAUUGACUUCGAACCUGAUCAUGGGCACAGUGGACCCUGCACUGUUAUGCUACUGCGCACUAUAUUUAGACGGUGAUCACACAGUAUACGUAUAGUUAACGACAAUAUUCCGAAAGAUUUCGUCGGGUUGAAGUUCAAUUUUGAAGCAUAAUAUGUGCAGCAUCUUACGAUUUUUGUCUUCAUGCAUGCAUGCACAUCGGCUGCUUCCGAGGAUUGAUUUCCGUUGAUUAUUUCAGCUACAAAGCGAUCUUAGUAUAUCUCUACUGCUUUACCAGGGAACGAGUAACAAGUGGUGUCCAGACAGUCGAGGUAUAGCCUAACUCAUUUGCUUUUCAAGAUUUUGGAGUCUACAAAGCCGCAACAUGGAGCUCAUAAAGAAACGUCUACAGGAUAAUGACAUUACCUCGGUUCGUUUCGAACAAUCUGACAUGUAUGGGAUCCCACACUGCAGAUCCAUUCCAACCAGGCAUUUCGAAAGGAUGGCAACGAAGGGAGUUAACAUCUCCAUGGGUUUUAUGGCUUUCGACCCCAAGGGCCAAGUCGCCAAGAACACUGGAUAUGGGGAGGAGAUUCACAACGCUGAUUGCCUCGCCUUUCCAGACCUGGAUACCUUUCAGAUCUUGCCUUGGUGUACGAAGACGGCUAGGGUCUUGAUAGAAGGGGUUUACAAUGGUGAGAAGGUGGCUGUCUACCCAAGGGUUGUGGCUAGACGACAGUUAGAAAGGCUGGAGAAACACGGGUUGUCGCUUUGGUCGGCGCACGAGCACGAGUUCUUUGUGGUCAAAGAAGACACCCUGAAACCGUUGCAUGAUCAGACAAAUGCCAUUGCGGUUAUUCCCAUGGCCGCGUACGAGUCGUUUUUCCAGCAGAUACUCAAUGACCUACCUCAGGCUGGUGUUGACGUUGAAUGCUACGGUGUUGAAUCCGGGCAGGGACAACUGGAAAUCACCUACCGCCCAGAGUUUGGGAUCAAAGCUGCCGACACUGCUCACACGUACAAGCUGGGUAUCAAGGAGAUUGCAGUGAAGCACGGAUUAGUGGCAACGUUCAUGUCAAAACCAUGGCCGGACGUAGCUGGUAGUUCAGCACAUUUCUGCCACUCGCUCUGGGACGUUGACGGGAAGGUGUCCAAGCUCUAUGAUGCUGGAAGCCCGACUGGGUUGUCGGAGAUUGGGCAACACUGGGUGGCUGGACUCCUUGCUCACGCCCGAGCCAUAGCCGUGCUGAUGGCACCAACAACCAACUGCCUCAAGAGAUUCAAGCGGCAUUCUUUUGCUCCUUGGAACGCCACAUGGGGUCCCGACAACCGAACCUGCGCCAUCCGCGUCAAGGCAAACGGCAAAACUGGCACAUACGUCGAGAACCGGAUGGGAGCCAGUGCAUGCAGUCCUUACAUCAGCAUGGCUGCGACUAUUGCAGCAGGUUUAGACGGUAUCAUCAACAAACUCCCGCUUCCAGAAGGCAUCGAUGGAGCAGGGGAUGCAUACGAGGAGGAAUACAUCCCACACGGAACACAGACGCUACCGGACAACAUGGAAGAAGCCAUUGAUGCCUUGCUCUCUGACGAUGCUAUCACUGCGGCCCUUGGACCAGAGUUUAUCAAGUGCUUCGUUGCUACUAAAAGGCAUGAAGUGAAACUAGAAAAGGAGGCCAUUUCAAAAGGAACAGUUGAGGAGUGGGAGAGAGAUUACCUCUUUUUCAUUAUGUAAGAAGAGUGUCCAGUCGGUCUUUUGAACCAAUACCCUUUUAAAGUUAGAUUAUGUGUAUCCUUUAAAAGCAAGUUAGACGACAAUUCUUAGUAUCCUUUAUCAUAUAGUUUUAGUGUGUACUGUCAAUCAAAGGGAUAUUGCUGUUUUUCUCAGCAAUCGUAUUUUACAUGUAUUAUACAGCUCAAAUCAUUUGGUUUGAAUUUCAAUGUCAUAUAGUUUGCUGGGGCGUAACGUGGUAAUCUCAGGUCAGUACUACCUCGACUACUUACAUGUUAACAGACUUUCAAACGGUACCGUCAGAUGAUAAAACUAACGAUGCCAAUAAUAAUAUAGGUUUUCUCGGCCAAUUUCGCACUUCAUUAAAUUUAGCGCAAACACCAUUUUCGGUUGGGACUGUCAUUCAAAAAUGCACUUCAAUCAUUCAGUUUAGAGUAUCGGACAAGGAAUUUCGCACUUUUAUCAUUUUUAUUCAUUCCGUCUAGUGCGUGUGUCAAGAUUCAUUCGAAUCCAUUGGCACUUGCCAGAAGGUGAUAUCGGGCAUUCAAAUUCGCGAAUGGGCAGUCAAUUUGGCAACAUGUUCAUUUAAAGUAACAUGUAUAUUGUUUAUGUAGGCCCUAUCUAUUUGUUCUUCUUUAGUUCCCUAGAAAUGAACUGAUAUUGAUUUAUCCCGUUCCAUUUGCAUUGUUGAUACCAGACGCAUUUUAAUCAUUGAUUAAAAAAA